AUGUCCACCGAAACCAGUGACGCAACUCAGGCCCAGCAGACCUGGAAGGCUCCCCCAGCAGGCUCUCCAUGUUGGGUGGAGAUUCCUGCACGGGAUACCCAAAAACUCAAGGUCGGUUCACGGUUUUGCGGCGACUCUCUGGUCAAGCGCGCUGAAAGAGUCUCCCGUCUAGGAUUGACCGGAGGCAUCGUCCAGAUGCCGGAGGGUUGCGCUCCAACAGAGCAGAUCAUGGGGAGUGGGAUGACCGUGUACUACUUGGUCGACUCUCUUGACAUGGUCAGUUCUUUGUCGAAUACUUCAAGAUUGAUACCUUUAUAG